CAUGAUUGUCGACAAGAGUAUCAUCAUCGAAUCCCCGAAAGGAUCUUUUUCGGGUUUUAGACCUAAUUUCUGUUAUAUUAAAAUUGACGACUACGACUUUAAAGUGAGAGAGGAGAGCGUUGUAACAGUAGAGGUUUUAUCGUUGAAUACAGGCAGUUUUAAUAAGAGACAGAGCAGCUGCAACGGAGGUUUCUUAAGGAUUAAAGAAAAAUACGAUCGGUUAUACGACAACAGCAUCUUACCACCAACGGAACUUUGCGGUUCAAUAGGAAAUAACGAAACGGGAACUGUCAAGAGACAAAUUCGGUUAAAUGGGCUUAUCGAGUUUCAAGUGGAUCACGGACGUAGCCAUACCCACUACAAGUUAAAGAUUAGCUUCGUCGAUAAAACACAACCGGACGAACAGUAUCCUGUCGGAUCUUUACUUAGAUCCAGUUGGUCUCUUAAGGAUUUCAAAUGUAAUUGGUUCGUGGAAUUUGAUGGAAGUAAAACGCAACAGUUUUUCCUAACAUCUCCGGGUUGGCCCGGGAUCUAUCCUCCAAAUACAACUUGCCAUUAUACUCUCGAAGCCAUCAAUAAAGAUUCAACAUCCUCCAGACUCGAAUUCAAUUUUAGUCCUCACGCCCUUCCCGGUGAAAGACUCAAGUUGGACAUUCAUAAAUCGAGAAAUUGCGAGGAAGACUACUUGGAGAUUUACGACGGACCAACGUCUAAUUCACCUAGAAUAGGAAGAUUUUGCGGUCAUGACGGCGAGAAAAUCAUUUCUUCCGGUUCGAUACUCUUUCUAGUCUUUCGUUCUGGAUCCGGUAGUUCACCUUGGCAUUAUCAAGGAUUUAAGGGCAAAGUAAUGCCCAGAUUUGGAAUCUCUAGCGAAAGAGGCGUAAGGGAGAGUGGAACUUGUAAUUGGAAAUUUAGACCCGACUAUGACGAAGAUUUGGAUAAAUUUUCGGAAUCGGAACACGACGAUUUCUACUUUGGUGUUCACAUUCCAGAUUAUUACAUUGCCAAGGACACAAGAUGUAAAUACGAAUUUGAGGUUCCCUCUCACUACAACGUUAGCAUCCAAGUGAAGCGAGUGCCAGGUCGAAGGAAUUGCGUUGAUCGUAUUCUCUUUUACGACGAAUCUCCAAAACCCAUUAAAAAUAUCUCAGCUUGUCCUCCAUUUCAGUCGCGAAAGCACGGACGAAAAAGUUUCAAAUUCGUUCAGCCGAAACCAUGGAUACCCAAAUCAAAACAUCCCUAUCUAACCUACGAACAUCCCAGUGGUCAAAUAUCCAAUAGUAAUCCCGUAUGGAUCAAAAGUAAUGAAGAAUACGAGAAGAAAUAG